AUGGCGACGGCUCACGAUGAGGACAUGUAUCUUUUCCAGACUGGCUUGGGACAGACCCCGUCAUUCGCUGGGCAAGACUUCGAUGCCUUCUUGGGAACGCCUGCUCCUGAUGUCGACCAGACAGGUCUCUCUGCAGGCUUCCUGAAUCCGAAUGAUCUCACAAUAAAACGCGAAUCCGAAUCCUUUAGCCCGCCUUCCCACGAUGGCGCAUUUAUGCGUGGCUCGCGGGGGUCUGCAUCCGGCUCCAGCAGCACAUCGUCUGAUUCACCUGCGGAGGACGAACGGAAUAUGUCGGCUGCUUCGACAGCCUCUCCUCCUGCACAUGACACCGUUCAAGGCUCUUGGGGAAGUGGAAUAAAUGGGUUUUCGAUCCCAGCAAACGAGCAGUUCUUUGGGGACACUUCGAUGGCUGGUAUGGACCAGGAUUUCGAGGUUAGCAACCAGCAGAUGGCCUCUGCCUUUGACUUUGAGACGGCUGCCAGUACACCGAGUGGGCUCGAGACGAUGAACAAAGUGCCCAACACCAAGACCCCGCUCGUAAAUCAGCCCUUUGGCAGAUCGACGAAUUUCUCGGGUUAUGGAAAACAGCAAUCGGGUACACGAGCACCCACUGGGCAACCGCACUUCUUCUUUGCUGGAUCAAGAGAAGCGUCCCCUUUGAAUGCUAUGCUUCCAGCUACUCAGGGUCAGUCGCCUUGGACCAAGCACUCUCCGUCAUCCGGACUGGAGGAGACUUUCAAUCACAUCACCAUGAACGGCGAUUCCCCCGGCAAUGCGACCUUUUCGCCCAACUUGCAAUUCUCCACCGCCGCAUUCACCUUCGACCCGGAGUCAAGCACAACUCCCUCCACUUUCACCAAAGACAUCUCCUCUCCGCCAUCGACAAUCAACUCGUCAGAGGGUUCGCCUACGUUGACGGUGCAUCCUACAUCGCUCAAGUCGCGCGUCGAGACGCAAAUACCCAUCAAGAUGACGCUUUCGUUCCUUCCAACCGGCGUCAGGAAGUUGAGGUUACCGAGGCAUACGGUCUCCAAACCGAAAUUCCUAGCCAAGCCAGAGGUUGCCCGAUCACCCGAGAUCUUGGAGCUGCAUACAGCUUUGGUGUGUACGAGUGCGAUGCAGGACAAGGCGAAAUUGCAGCGCGCGUUGGCGCGCGCGAGGGGUGAAGAGCUGGGCCCAUAUACUCGACCCAGCCCUGCUUCUUCGAUGGAGUCUGACUCGUCGAGAGACGACGAGGACAAACCCCUGAAUGGUGGUGAGGUCCAAAUUUGUCCUGGCUGCAUACAGCGUGAGAGGAAAAGGGCUUCCCGGAAGAAGCAGAAGAAGCCGGAAGAAGAAGAGCUCUUCCAGAAAGACGAAGAGAGAAGGGUGGUUGUAUUCAACACCAACGAGGUCAAGGAAUGGGUAGAAGUUCCUCGAGACACCAGCAACCAAGAGGGCCAGAAUGCGUCGUCUACGCCUCCCGGGGCAGUUCAGGUGGAGCUCCCAAUGCGCAUCGCCUGCUACUGUCGGCACCAGAACGAGAAAAUGGGAUUUCAAGUGAUAUUUACCAUCAAGGACUGCCACGACAAGGUCAUCGCGCAGGCAUUGACAAAUCCCAUCAUGAUCACCGACGACCACAAAACUCACAACCCUCCCUCGGCGGUUCCGAACCAGCCAGCACCUUUACCGACUCCAGGACAGCAAUUGCCAGGUGCUGGGGUCUUUUCAACCAACGAACAUGAGCACCAGCCUCAAGCGCCGGCCGUCAAUUCAAAAAUGUCAAGGCAAUCUUACUCCAUGACCGACCUGCAAGCACUGCAGCAUAAUUUCAAUCCCACCUUCUCAAUGCCUUCGGCCAACACUCCAUUCGCAAUUCCCUCGGCCGUGCCGCCUCAGACUGCUUCGAACUUCACGCCGCGUAACCUUUCUAGGCCUGCGUCGCCAAGUGGUCCUGCGGGUCCUUCAAUCAAGCGACGGAAACAGAGUGGUUCUGGAAAAUUGCCUUCUGGACUGACAAUGACUCGGCUCGACACGUCGCACCCACAUCCACCGCCCUCUACACUACCUAAUACCGCUGCUUCAUCUCCAUACGCUCCUAAUAUGACGUCUUAUAUGGGUCCCCACGAUCGUCCCUUCGCGAUGCCUCCCGCGGCACGUACAGCUCCGUAUGGCAAUAGUCCUCCGACGCCAAACGGUGUGGACCCUUCCUUUGCUGCCAAUAUCAAUCGCUCAGUCAGCCACGACAAUAUGUCGCGACAAGUGAUGAUAUCAGCACCGCCAUCUCGGCAGCCGAGCAGGCCUGGAAGCCCGGGCUCUGCGAGGAACAGCUUCGGUGCAGCAGAUGCUGCGUUUGGCCAAGCAGUCAACAAUCAGCUUCUGGGUCAUCCGACGCGGCGGCCGCCACCGCUGAUACACAAGUUAGUUCCUGCAGAAGGAUCCGUGACAGGAGGCACUGAAGUCACCCUUCUCGGGAAUGGCUUCUAUCAAGGCCUUGAGGUUAUGUUUGGCGAUACCGAAGCUACGACCACGACGUUCUGGGGAGAAAAAUGUUUAAAUUGCAUUGCUCCUCCAGCCUUGCAGCCGGGGGUGGUCCCUGUUUUGUUUAAGCACGACCAUCCUCAAUAUUCUACGGUGCCACAACAAUCCCAAACUAGGCCGUCACUGUUCACUUACGUCGAUGACCGCGAGUUGGAGAUGUUCCGCUUAGCGCUACGAACCCUAGGCAAACAACUGCAGCAUCCGACUGACGAUCCUUAUUCUGCAGCCCAGCAGCUACUUCAAGGGCAGUCUCAUUCGAUGUGGCUCGGACACGGCAACUAUGGCAUGGGCGGUGGACAUCAGCGCCACGCAGGCGGAGCAUCAAUGGAUUCGCUCGAGCUGGAGGGUAUGAUGUUGCAAUUCCUAGAGCACAUGGACGACCAAAGACGGUUUAGAGCGCCCAGAUUGGAGCUACAACGUCCGUCUGGGCUCACGCUAUUGCACCUGGCCUCGUCACUGGGGCUCACCCGAUUUGUCGCCGGUCUGUUAUCCAGAGGAGCCGAUCCCAACAUGGUCGACAAUAAUGGUCACACGCCGAUGCACCACGCCGCAAUGAACGGCCAUACGCAUGUAAUUCACCGGCUUCGCUUGGCUGGUGCCAACCACCAGGCUCGCAGCAUCCGCCAAUUUAUUCCUGCAGACCUCGCGACGUCCUUACUAGCGUAUCAAGCAACGAUGACCAGGGUUGACCAGUAUCGAUCGCGGAGUGCUGGAGGGACACCUCUGAGACUGCAUAGCCGGAGCUCGUCUUCUCUUCGCUCGUUCUGGGAAAAUGCCUCUAAUCAAUACCCCGCUACGGAUACUGACGACAUGGACGACUCCGACAGCCUUGAUGACGAGACGCCAACAAGGGCUUCUUCAGAAGAGCCUGACCUUUCUCGGUCGCACACUGGCCGGCUGCCAACGGUUAGCGUCCCACAAUCGCGGAGAGGUAGUAUGCAGCCAAGCGUCUCACAAGGAUCCAAGUACUCGUCAAAGAAUACGUCUAAUCCGGCACCAGCGGUGGCACCAUCGGCGUUCAUGCUCGCAUGGCGGGAUCAUCUGGUUGCGCAAUUGCAACAAUUCAACGAGAGCGCGCAGUCGGUCAUGCCCAGCCUUGCCACGCUGAACGGACCCCUGGCUGCGCUGCAGGACUACCAGGCCUAUCCCAUGGUUCGCCGGGUAAGCGCCCUUUUCCCCCAGCGUCCAAGUGUUCGUCAACAACCAAGUCAGCGGGAGGGGUGGUGGGAGACUUUGACAGGGAGCUCGUCCCCUGCGCCUUCAUCGCCUCCCGCUUACGGGGAUCUUUAUCCUGAAGAAAGGGUCGAAACCGACGAAGACUGGAGCAUCAAGAAGUCUUCCACGCUACAAGCAGCUGCCGACGCUGCAGCCGAUCUCCAUUUCGAGCAACAAUCACAAGGUGAGGGGUCUAAAUCACACUCAGCCUCCCUCAGAGUCGCUGCUCCUGUCAGCAAUCCAUUUGAGAGAGUCGAACUCAGCCGGGAUCGGAAAUUGUUCUUCUUCUGGGUAUGUUUCCUCCUCUACCCUUCUCAUCCGCUCCGGGACUAA